AUGUCGAACUCUGUCGUGGGCGGAGUCUACCAGCAGAUCAUGGAGAAAGUCAUCCAAGCAUCGCAGAAUGACUUUGAGGAGUCCGGCGUCGACCAAAGCACUCUGGAAGAGAUGAAGCAGGGUUGGCAAGAGAGAUUGUCGGCGCUCAAGAUUGCCCAUCUGCCAUGGGACCCUGCCCCAGAGCCUAUCCGCCAGCCGGCUACACUGCCUUCUAACGGCAAGGUCGAUAAUGAGAUCCCGCCAUCCGCUGGGCCAGUAAACGCCGAGGGGGGGUAUCAGCAACCUGUUCCCAACUACCCACAGGCUCAACCUGCGACCAAUGGAUACAAUGGCGGUUAUGACCAAAAUUCACAAUUGGCGCAACAGCGGGCUGCUGUUCUGAUCCAGCAACGCGUGCAGCAGCAAGGCAAUGUACACCAGCAAAACUAUCCCAAUAUGCCCCAACAGGGCCAUUUGCCCCAGAUGCCAAUGCAAGGUCAGCAGCAGCGCAUGAUGGCUCCUCAACAGCAGCAACAUCAUCAACAACAACAACAGCAACAGCAACAGCAAAUGUCCCACCAGCAAACGCAACAACAGCAAAUGCAGCAGCAACGGCCUCCGCAUCAAACCCAGAUGUACCCAUCGCAGACGGAUGGCCCGGAUGAUGCUCUGGCGGACUGGGAGGCGUUCAAGGCUGCGCGUGCUGCUUCAGCUGUAGAGCGCAUGGCAGCCGAUGACUUUAUGCGUGCUCGUGUUGAUGCCAUGGCGAUGCGCCAGGAUAGUGGUUUAAUGGUGCCUCUGGAUUCGAUGCCGAAAGGCAAGAAGCGAAAGGCUGCUGUUCGCGUCCUACAAGCCGAAGAUGUUGCAGCUUCAACUAGUACCCCCCCGCCUGCUCGUUUUGAUGGCGACGACGACGUCAAGCUGGAGGAGGAUCCCGACGAUGCCAUCAACUCUGACCUCGACGAUUCAGAGGACGAGCUGAAUGACGGUGACAAUAGCGACGAUGACAUGGUAGACUACAUGCUGUGCACCUAUGACAAGGUCCAGCGUGUCAAGAACAAGUGGAAGUGCACUCUCAAGGACGGCAUCCUCACCACGAACAAGAAGGAGUAUCUCUUUCACAAGGCAAAUGGUGAAUUCGAAUGGUAG